CCCUAAAGCUCAUGUAACACUUUUGGCUGCAUGCAGAUAUGUGGCCUCUUGGUGGGUGGGCUUUAACGGUGAUCUGCCACAUAUGUCCAUCCAGGGGCAGACUGACAACUCAUGGGGCCCCUGGGCAAUAGGGGAUCAUGGGGCCUCUGUGUCCUUGCCCAAACUCAAAAAAGCCUAUGAAAAAGGUACCAGGGGCAUCUGAUGGGGCCCCCUACUGACCCUGGGCCCUUGGGCAGUGCCCAAGUUUCCAAAUGGUCAGUCCACCCCUGUAUGCA